UAAAUACUGCAGCAGUGACGUUUCUGUGAAUUAGAUUGUCUAAAAUAAUUUUUUGCUAUAUCUCGACACCGAUUACAGCAAUGGCGACAUUGGUUGGAGGUCCAUCCCAGGUGAAGCAAGCCACACCCGAGGUGCAGAAGAUCUGCGAUGAGAUCAAACAUCAUGCAGAAGAGAAGGCAGGGAAGAAGUUUGCUGCUUUCAUUGCCAAAUCUUUCACCACUCAGGUCGUGGCCGGAACCAACUACUUUAUCAAGGUAAACUUUGAAGACCAGGAUAUGAGGCAACAGAUCGCUCAAAAAUAAAAAUUUGCUAAAAAA